UUUUUGAAUAAGAGCCAAUUGUCACAUGCGCAAUAGUUUAAUGAUUCUGUGUCAUGAUUGGAUGUUGCCAUAGUAACCAGAGUAAGCUGUUACCCGCCAUUUUAUCCGGCUUCAGACAUAUUAAGGUUAAGCAAAUUUAUUCAUAAAACGAAUAAUCAUGAUGAAAAUAUUAUCAUUGCAUGAAUUUGAUGUGCCUUCCUCCGAUGAAUUGGCUACUGUUGCACUUAUAGAAGAUGUUUUGCAUUAUUGUGAAUAUGAAAAUCUAACAGAUGAAUUGCAACCCUUUUUUAAAUAUGUGCGAGAAUAUCCCGAGAUUUCUAUUACUCCCGAUAUUCUUGCCACACGUGAAACGGCACAUACUAUUUGUGCUGAUGAUUUAUUUUUGCCAGUUCAUGAUAGCAUUUUUAAAAAACUUGCUAGCAUAUGCAGAGAAAAAGGAUUUAUUGAAGCUGUCUGUUUGGCUGCAUCUGCAGAACCACAGGAAGUGACACCAAUUUUGCAUUGGAUAGCUACAAGACUUAAAUGGAUGUUAGAUAUAAUGGAUAAAGGAAUAUAUCAAAAAGAAAUUUUGCCAACUUCUGGAUCUGGAUCAAUUGCUGAUAUUGUUCAUACAAGGGAUUGGGAAACAUCUCUUAUUAGAUGUCUUUCUUGGCAUCCACAUUGUACACGACUGGCAGUAGUCACAAAAGAUGACCGCAUACGUAUUUUUUCUCAAGGAAUAUCAAUGAUACCAAUUUUAAAACAUAGUGCUCAAAAAUCUGUUUGCUGUAUAAGUUGGAGGCCACUUGCUGGCAAAGAAUUGGCCGUGGCAUGUCAUGUAGGAGUCUUGGUUUGGACAAUAGAAUUAGGAGCAGCUAGUAAUUUUCUUAGUCAAGCAGUAUUAUUAAAACAAAGAAAUCAUGCUCCUGUAACAAGUGUUGCAUGGCAUCCACAGGGUGAUCUAUUAGUAUCUUGUUCUCCUGUGGAUACGCGUAUGUUUAUCUGGGAUACUUCUAAAAAAGAAGGUGUUCCGUUGAAACGAAUUGGUGGCGAUGGAUUAUGUUUUGUACAUUGGUCAUCUUGUGGUUUUAGAUUAUUUUCUGCUACAUGUAAAAAUAUAUUUAGAGUAUGGAAUACGGGAGCAGUAACAUCAUGGCAUGCAGAUAAAUGGACAGUGCCUAAUGAUCGUGUAGCAGUUGCAUGUUUUGGUCCAAAUUUAACUUUAUUAUUUGCGUCAAAUGAAGAUCCUGGUACAAUAUUUUCUCUACCUUUGCAAGAAAAUAUUUUUGAUGUCAAAAAGCCUUCUUUUGAUGAUGCAAAAAUGGCAGUACCUCUGAUAGAUUUAACAAAAGUUAAUUUUUCACUGGAUGAUGAUUGUGUUACUGUUGGCGGGAGGAUAACUGCAAUGGAAUGGGAUCCUACAGGAAAAUAUCUUGCUAUUCUUUUCCAGGAUAGUCCAUAUAUUGCAUUAGUUAAAACAAAAUUAGGACAUCUAUCGCGUCUGAUUGAAAUUAAACCAAGUUGUCUUAUUAAAGGAUAUCCAGGAGAAGUUCCAAAUUGUAUGAACUUCUAUCAGAAAUAUAAAAAUGAAUCAGACAAUAUAGUUUGUUUAACAAUUGCAUGGAAUAGUGGUCGUAUUCAACAUUUUCCAAUAAUUGAGAAGGAAAGUGUUCGUACUGUAAAUAUAUGUACUACACCCUUAUCACAUUCAUUUUCGAGACACGACAUGUACAAUUUCAAUUUAACCGUCACUUAUUGAUAACAUUUCUUGUUAAACAAAACUAUAAAAAUUUUAAUUAUUUAAUUAUUAAAUUUUUUCAAAUUUUUUAUUUGUUAAUAGGAUUUAAUAUAAAGGUUUAAUUUAUUUUAUUAUAUCGUUAUAAAAAACUAAGAAAUCGUUCAUUUAUAUACGAUAUGACAUUCUUAAUUACCACAUAACAUUUCGACAGAAAUUAUAUAAUACUUCAUAAUCGAUUCGUCAGCAUGCCUAGAAGAAAAAAACAUCGUUGAGAUCUGUGUUAAACAGUAAUAUGUUAGCUUCCUAACGUAUGGGAUAUACAACACGAAGAUUCUCGGGUUCGGUACCUAAUUAUACAAAGUCACAUGCAGAGCGCACGUCUUUCUAUUUUUAUAUCGCUUGACCGAAUGCUGAACAUCGACACGUACGUACGUAUGUGAUGCGUCCUGCACUAUUUCCAAUACGCUCUCUAUCCACUUUUACCACUACCAACUCUAAACACAAAUUAACCGCUACUGUUCUAUCCGUUUUAGAAAUCCUGUCAUCCUAAAUAUUUCUCAAAUCCAGUUUAUCAACUUGCUCUGUCACUUUAUUCAUGAUUUAUGAAAUAUUAUAUGAUAUAUUGAAAAAAAUAUAUUUAAAAUUUUUAAUAUAAUUGUUGCAUUUCAUUUGAAAUUGAUCAGGUAGUUAAGAUCAUUGAGAAAUAUUCAAAUAAAUUUAGUAUUAUAUAUUUAAUAUUUACAAUUCGUUAUUGUUUCAUCUUUUUAAUAUACUAUUCGAUAAUUUAUUUUAGAAAUAAAUUUUAGCAAAAAUCUUUUUAAAAAUCAUAAAAGAUUAAGAUAUUUUUAUCUAACUUAAAAAUUGAAUAUUAAAAAAUAAAAUUUUAAGAUUUUUAGAUAAAUAAUUGAAUUUUAAAUCAAGAUCAUUUCUAAUUUCAUUUCUAAUCACAAAAAGUAACUUUCUAUAAGUGACAUGGCUAAUCAAUUAUCGGUAUUAGAUAAACUGGUUUUAAAAAUUCAAGUUUCAUCCAUAUAAAGGAUCUAGAAGAGGGGAUUAACCGCUUUGAAUCCCCACCGAUUAAAAAUUCGUUAAAAUACCUUUUUUUUUUCUCUCCCUUCUUCAUUCUCUCUCUGUUAUUGCAUCCGUAUGGGGUGUACGAUCGAAAUCCUUUUUCCAGUAUAUUUAUUUUAAUGGCAGUCGUACACAUGCGGUGACUAUGGUACGAACAGAGUUGACAGGUGCCUGGGCAAAAAAGCGUGGUCGAGAGCGAGCAUAGUAUGUAUAAUGUAAGCAUAGAGGGCUGGCAGGCCACAUGUGCCACUCUAUCACUUAUCUACCCGUAAUAUGACGUAUAACUCGACCAUAAGAUGCAACUGUGAACGCAUGUAUGUAUAUGUAUGCGUAAAUGCAACAGUCAAGAUAGGUGUAUAUAUAUAGGGAUGAAUAGGAGGAUGAACGGACGUGUAUCUGUGUGUAUGUCCGCUUAGAAGAAAGCAUCCGAAGAUCGUGAUGUCACGAGAACUGCUUUGGAAUCAUAACAAUGCGUUUUGGACAACAUUGAUGAAUUGCAAAUGGUCUUUCUUUUCUUUUUAUUCUUCUUUGCGUUUUUUAAAUAUUGUUCUAAUAGUUUAUCUUGAAUUAUUAUUGUAGAUGACAUUGGUGAUAUUAAUAAUAAUGGUUAUGAAAUUAUGCAUGAAUGAAACUUGAUAUAUUUAAUAAGUGAAUUAUUGAAGUAAAAAUUACAAUUAAUUGAAUAAAUUGAUUUUUUGGUCGUUUACGUUAAUAUUUAUCAAUGAUUUAAGGAUAUGUAAAGGUAAUAGUUGUUAUUAAAUAAUUAUUUAAAUAUUUUUGAUCUUUUUAGCUAUGUUAAUUAUAAAGAAUUUUUUAUAUAUUAUUCUUAGAAUAGAAAAAAAAAUUGAGUGAUAUUAAAAAUAAUAAUAAAUAAAAUAAAAAUAAUAUGAAAAAGAAGAAAAAGAAAAUAAGAAAUGUCAUAAAUCAAUUUUUGAUACUUAAGAUUAAUUGGCAUCAGAAAAAAAUAAUUAGUUUUAUAAUAUCAGUAUAUUAUAUAUUAUAAAAUUAUUAAAAAUAGACAUUUCUUAUUUUUCUCUAUUUUGAACAUAUGUAAUUUUAUAAAUUUAUUUGUAUAUAUUAUAUAUAGUAUUUUUUCUAAUUUUAUAUUUAAAUAUUACUAAUAAAAUAUAUUUAAAAUCA